UACACGCAAACCCCGGAAAUCCUGUUACUUAAAGGGACAGAGGAGGAAUUUAAGGCAAAGGUUGAAACACCGAAAACAGCUGGGAGUGCACGAAAAAGACUGGCACAGAGAGGAAGGGAGGUAGCUUUGUUAGCUAACAAACUAUUUGGACUAUAGAGUGAGAGGACGAGAUUAAGACUGCCCGAAUAUUUUACCUAUUUGAUAUACGGUUAAUGUUGCUAACCUCUUUUAGCUUCGAAGUCGAUUUUCGGCCCAUAACAUCAGCUACCUAGAAACCGACAACGCAGCAGUCAACACGGCAGACAGAUAGCAGAAAGGCCAAACUCCCAGACUACACGGACGUCACUUCAGACUGCCUGGCUGUGUUUGAUGAUCUGAGUCUAUAUUUUUCGUGAGACGGAAGGAAGCAAAGACAGACGAGAAGCCGGGGAGCUGAGACCAAUAAGGCACCCUAAUCUAGUAGAAACAGAAAUACACAGAGAAGAGACAACAGAGUCGCCCCUCAAGAACACCUGAUGAAAUAGAGGAAGGAAGGAGAAAGACCCAGUGAGACAGCGAGAUAAUCUUUCUGCAAGGGUUCUCUGAUCUGAACUGGCACCAUAUCGAGGAACCUGAGACAUUUUUGGGCUGAAGCCAGACCUUUCCCUCCUGUUGGUUACUGGAUUAAGCCUGAGAAGGGCUGGGCAGCAUCUGCCAGACUCCUGCUCAUUCAAAAUAAGGUCAAAAAUCAAGUGGGAUCCUGCAUAGAGCCAACUGGGCUAUACAAUACUGGGUGGAAUGACCCUGUCAUGAUGCCUCAGCCAUGCCACAUCUCACGCCUAGGUGACCAAGGAGGGCGUGUCUGGCUUUCAGCCAAUCACAGAGGGAAGCCCAUUAGAAUUAGUAACAACUUUGAGAUAUUUCUUCUCAAGAGCCUGCUACAUCACUGACACUCUCCACCACUGGUCUUGGCUCCUGUGCCUACCUCCUUCGCUCCUAUUUGUUCUGGACUCCUUGGUGUUUCCUGUUCACAUGUUCUGGGAUACUGGCUUAAUUAUUUUGAGAGCUGCCAUGGAGUUAGAUGGGUUCCUUUAGUAUGCUGUUAGAUACAGCUUUCCGAUGUUGUGCCAGAUACAGCUUGUCCACACAGGCAGAAUUGGACAAGGACAGGCACAGAGAUGAGCUGUUGAUCUCAGGAGCUUUGUGGCCAAGUUCCCUGUGUUUGACAUCACUGCAAGAAGUGUAGGACUUACCACCCCUGUGGAUCAUCUUGCUCUUGCACUUGUGAGGAUCUACUUGACCCUGUUGCACAAAACUUAGUUUAGACUCUUAUCCUUGAGCCGUCAAAAGAUGCGGCACAUUCACGUUGAGUUAGCCCACAAAAAGGCUCCACUAGAGCUUCCAGCACAGGAGGGGGACCUGCCUCCCUCUUCACAGGGCCUAGACCCUGGCGUCAGACCGGGGGCACCCAGGCACCUUGACCAGGAGGAGUUGAGACUCCAAAAGGUCUACCAGCUCUCUAUUUUCUCUCAGUUGGGGGGAUUUACUACCUCCACAGAAUCCCACACUGAUGCCCAGCAGAGGCCUAUUCGAUCAGGUGUGAAAAGGGGGUUAGAGGAGCCUCAGUUAACUCAUAAGCGCCCCCACCUGGGGGACUCCCCAGACAGGGAGGGGCUAGAAGGAGGGAUGCUGUGUGGGCCAGCCACAGCUCAAGGUGCAGGAAUGGGGUUAGCUGGUGGGCCUAGUGGAUCUGGUUCUCUGUACUCUUGCAUGCAGAUGGAGCAUAAAGACCCAGAGGAGGGAUUGUUACCCAGGUCUCCACCCCUUUCCCCCACCCACAAUCCUUCCCGACGCCCAGCUCAGUACAAUCAAGAUAGGCCAUUUCCUGAUGUAUUUGCUCCACUCUCACCUAAAUCAGCCCCAACGUGUGACCAGGGUCAUUCCCUUGGAAGCUCAACUAGGACAGAGAUACCUAAUGGGAGCCGCACACCGACCCACUCACUAGGUAGCCCUGGAAAUGACAGCUGUAGUAAUGGGUCAUCUGGAGGCCAGCCCAGCCCCCACUUGUAUGAAAUGUCCACAUAUGAAACUCCUAACCCAGCCAGCCCAACCAGUCCCCCAGGUCCUUUUUCUCCACCACACCAUACAGAGCUGCAGGAACCAGGGGAGGCAACAGAAUGGGAAGUUGGACUUGAAUCCUCCCCACCUGAGCGAAGUGCCACCCAGGCUGCCACCUCUUCUAACGGCCUGGCUUCCUGUGAGAAAACUCCUAGCACUAAUGGCCACCGUCUCUUCUCUGGAGGCCACUGGCCUGCCAAAAAGAGGUUGCUGUCUCCAAGUGAUACAGGGGACUCGUGUUCAGAAGAUGAGGGACCCUCCACAUCAAAGAGAAGCAGGCUUUCAUUGCUCGCUCCAGGACUGGGGCCCGCUUCAUGUCGUAGCACUGAUGCUAAAGCUGCCCCUUACUGGAACCACCUGCUGCCCUCUGUUUGGGACCGGCCUAAGACCUCCACAGACUGCACAAGAUCAGGAAGACGACUAAAGAAUGGACUGCGGUUAAAAAGUCGGCAGCUGCGCAGCGGCAGUCACACAGACACCGGCCGUUCCACACGUUCCAGUGGGCCUACAUCGUCCAUCAGCAGAUCCCUCCUCGGCAACUUUGAGGAGUCCAUUCUGAAGGGGCGAUUCUCCCCCUCAGGCCGAAUUGAAGGCUUCACAGCAGAGAUCGGUGCCAGCGGCUCCUACUGCCCACAGCACGUCACCCUGCCUGUGCAGGUUACAUACUAUGACAUCUCAGAGCACAGCGCACCCUCACCCUUCCUGGGGGUAAUAUCCCUCGAACCUCUUGGAAAGAAAGGAUACAGCAUACCCAAAGCAGGGACCAUUCAAGUGACCUUAUUUAAUCCCAACAAAACUGUGGUGAAGAUGUUCCUCGUGACCUACAACUUUAACGACAUGCCUGUCAAUCAUAUGACGUUCCUGCGACACCGCAUCUUCUUGGUGCCAGUAGAGGAGGGAGCUGAGGGGAAAGGCGAGGCGUCUCCAGGAAGUGAAAUGCUAGAUAGGAAGAAGAUUCUCUGCUACCUUAUACAUCUCAGAUUCCAGAGCUCCAAAUCUGGAAAGAUAUACUUGCACAACGAUAUCCGGCUGCUAUUCUCCCGCAAAUCCAUCGAAGUGGACACAGGGAUCCCAUAUGAGCUGAAAUCUUUCACCGAGGUGCCAAGAAACCCAAAAUACUCCCCCCGUGUGUGAUCCCAGCUUGACCUUUUGACGUUCCGUAAUGCCAACGCAGUCCCUCGUGUGCUUCCUAAAGAGGAGAAGGGAAACCGACUUCUAGAAUAUUGGAUAUAAAAUUUUCAAAAGACUCAUGAGAAAUACCAGAAGCACAGAAGACACAUGUGCACAUAUGUCACAGUGUUGGUAAUUGGAAAAGACCUGCUUUUUAUGCAUUUAUUCUCCACUGAGAGCCUAAAUGCAGAUCGAAAAUGUCACAGGAACAAGCAUGGGCACCUUCAGUUGCUGAAAAGAUGAAAUCUUGGUGUCAGGGUAGUCUAGCAUGGAUGGUAUUAAAAGCAGGACUUUUCCAGGACCUUAAUCUGUUUAAAAGAAAAAAGUUUAAAAAAAAAUGCACAAACACUGACGCAGACACACAAACACACACCAAAACAGACUGACAAGACUCAUGCCCGGGACAUGAUACAAGCAUAACAGCAGAAACACUUCUGGUGGUGACUCUGAGUUCAGUGUUAACAUGCAUGCCUUGUGACUUAAACACCUGAAUUUUCCUCUAGUGCCGUAUCACACUGUCCUUCACUCUGCCUGCAGCUCCAACUGCCUCAUUGGACCAAUAAUUGUAACAGCAAUUUAAAAAAAAAAAAGAAAAGAAAAGAAAGCCGUAAACAACAGUCCCAUCCCCUGAUUGUGGGGGUUAUUUACCUUCUGAGGAGCAGAGAGGAGAUGAACAGAGACACAAACACUAGUGAAAGCAAGGGCUGAAAUUGAAUCAGCCACCUUGACUGGAUGUCUUAUAUACAACACGACAUGACAACAACACGGCGACAUGAUCUGACCAAACUCAGGACAUUUGUUGAAGAAAGGAAUUCUCUUUUUUUUGUUUAGUUUUUGUCUAUCUGUCACGGUACAGACCACUGUGUAUACAUGCGAGUUAAAAAAAAAAACAAUGAAAAAACUAAAACUUGGGAAUCCACUUCAUUGUAUGUAGCCAGACUGAGGGACACUGUGCUGUUUUCUUCUUUUUUUUAAUUUCCUCCUGUUUAGAUUCUGUUCUCCACAGUCAGAUGUUGGAGCAGAAAUUGGAAAAAAAAAAAAGACAAGCUGUAGUUUUGUUUUUCUUUUUUUAAUUUAUGUUUUCGCAAAUGUCUUAAUAAGCAAUAUGCUGCACAAAGUAGAGUGUGUUUUUCAGCCAGACAAGCUUUCUCUCUGGAGGCAGAACAAAGAAAGCAGAGAAAUGAGGGUGAGGGAGGGGAGGGAUAAUGAGGGAGGACGGGUUGUGGGGUAUUUAAUAUGAGAACGGGAUAGUCUAUGUAUAUUUAAAAUAAUAAACUCUGCG